GCUAGCAGGAGAUGGCAAUGGUGGACGCCGAGGCUCCUUUUCUCGAGGCCAGGGAGGAGCCGCUGGCCGGCGUCUCCGACUUCCGCGGCCGCCCCGUCUACCACGCCACAUCCGGCGGGUGGCGCUCCGCCAUCUUCGUCGCCGUGGUGGAGGGCGCCGGCAGCUUCGCCUACUACGGCGUGUCGGCUAACCUGAUCACGUACUUGACGGGACCGCUCGGUCACUCCAACGCAGAGGCGGCUGCGGCUGUGAACGUCUGGGCGGGGACGGCCAGGCUCUUGCCACUGCUGGGCGCCUUUGUCGCCGACUCCUGGCUAGGCCGCUACUGGUCCAUCAUCCUCGCCUGCACCCUCUACGUCCUGGGUUACGGCAUGAUCACUCUAGCAUCCACGCUCCUUGCUCAUCAACCAUCACCAAUCCUCGACAACGACUCCCCUUCACGUCCUUUGUCGUUGCAGGUGGCCUUCUUCUAUGUCUCCCUCUAUCUCAUCGCCUUCGCACAGGGUGCUGACAAGCCUUGUGGCCUUUCCUUUACCGCCGAUCAAUUUGACCCUGACAACCCUAGCGAAUGCGCAGCUCGCAGCUCCUUCUUCAAUUGGUGGCACUUUUCCAUAGCCGUUGGUAUAGGUCUGGCCAUUAAUGUCGUAAGCUACAUCCAAGAGAAUUUUGGUUGGGGAAUUGGUUUUGGCAUUCUAUGCACCGUAAUGAUUUGCGCCUUCGUCGUCUUCCUCCUUGGCAUUCCUACCUACCGCCUCCACGUGUCCAUUGCUGGCUCGGCUAGCCCCUUUGCCCAUCUCGGCCGUAGUUUCAUUGCUCUUGCAAAGAACUCAAGCUUCUUCUUCCGCACUAAAAUACACCAGUAUGAAGAUGAAGAUCCCGAAACCAACCUGGAGGAGGCACACGGCAUGCUAAGGCUAUUGCCAAUCUGGUUUGCAUGCCUAGCAUUUGGCGUGGUGUUCGCGCAAAUAACUACACUCUUUAACAAGCAGGGUCGUACCCUUGAUCGUCAUAUCUUUGGCGGCCUAGAGCUGCCGCCAGCCACGUUGCAAACGUUCUGGCCAGCAGCCGUCCUGUUGUUCGUGCCUUUCUAUGACCGUGUUCUAGUGCCGGCAUUGCGUUUCGUGACAGGCAUCCCAUCAGGACUAACGUUGCUGCAACGAAUAGGCACGGGCAUGGCUGUGUCGCUAGCCACCAUGUGUGUGGCGGCGUUGGUGGAGGCUCGGAGGCUAGAGACGGCACGUCAGCACAAACUGGUUGACGAUGGCGGUGCGACGGUGCCGAUGAGCUGGGCAUGGCUAGUGCCACAGUACAUGAUGGUUGGGGUGGCGGAUGUGUUCGUGAUAGUCGGGAUGCAGGAGUUCUUCUAUGACCAGAUGCCUAAAGAGCUUCGUAGCCUUGGGAUAGCGCUCUACUGCAGUGUGAUUGGCGUUGGUGGCUUCAUCAGUGGCGCUCUCAUUUCACUCAUUGACCGCAUCACCCGUAGCGAUGGUGGCGACAGCUGGUUUUCUGAUAACCUCAAUCGCGCCCACCUUGACUAUUUCUACUGGGUGCUCGCCGGCCUCAGCGCCACCGAGCUUGUGCUCUACAUCUAUUUCGCCAGAUCCUACGUCUACAAGGACAAAAGAGACCGUGCAGAGUGACAACCUGAAAUUAGCGGUGGAUGUAUUUAUGCAUCGAUUAUUCGAUGUAGUGGAUGAUCAGCAAACAUUUUUGUUACUCCACUGGACUGUGGUCACUUAUGUGGUAGUUGAAGAAUAUGUAUCUUUGGUUGGUUUAUGAUACCUAUUUACGUUUUAGUUUUUCUGCUGGGUGGCACUUGGCUUUGUAAUAAACUUGUGCUUAAUUAAUUUUCUUAGUAGGAAAAAGCUAUCGGUAAAGAAGCAACACAUUAGCAAGUGGCAUAAGUAACCCUACGGGGCUCUCUACGUAUUCAUGAUGACAAUGCACUCGAAGAUAAAAUGCACUUAUAAAUCAGGUUUAAUCAGCCUGCACCUCAGGUGAAUAUUUGAGGUGACUUUUCUGUUGUUGAACAAUGAGCCUAAGUGGGAAAACCUGUCCCAUCAUAUCCGCUUGAGCUGAAUUAUUAAGAUGUCGGUGAAACUUUGCAUACCCGCGGCAUGAAGGCCGAGCUAAUACUGUUUUUUCUUCACUAAAGAAAAAACAAGGUACUGCAAGGGAUGGAGCGUCAGCGUAUGAAAGAUAAUCGACUUGUUUUUUUUAGAAACACCAAGGACAACGUAGAUGCGCGCAAAAGAUCACACUCACACCACACCUUGUGUAGAUUAGAUGCAUCACCACACGGCCACAAUCACACCACACUGGGGUCUAUCUAAGAUUGUAAUCGCGGUGUUUUAAGAUUGACGAAGGCAUUAUCUACUUCUAUCCUGUCCCGUUGAAAGAAAGUAAACACCGAUGAUGAAACAUAGGGAACGUCAAUCCAAGUUUUGAUCCAUGAUGGGUUGCAUCCAACUUUACUAGACAGCCACCCAAACUAUGGUUCCUUCCUUCUCAGAAAAUGAAGUAUUCUGCAAGCAGCAAGCCAGCAACGCAAGCUCAGCUGGCACAUAUCUAUAUAGAUGACCCAUGUGCAAACCAGGACACUUGAAGCAAGCGCCCGUCUCCCAUUGACACCGAUCGAUAGGCAUUGCGAGAUGGACACCGAGGUGCCCUUUCUUUCCGGCGUGGACGAGGAUGGCCUGCCGCUCGCCGGCGUCUCCGACUUCCGCGGCCGCCCAGUCUACCGCAACACCUCCGGCGGAUGGCGCGCCGCCCUCUUCGUCGUCGUGAUGGAGCUCGCCAGCACUUUCGCCAACUACGGCGUGUCGGCGAACCUUAUCACGUAUCUGACAGGGCCGUUGGGCCACUCCAACGCCUCCGCGGCGGCCGCCGUGAACAUCUGGUCGGGGACGGCGAGCCUCAUGCCUCUGCUGGGCGCCUUCGUGGCCGACUCGUGGCUGGGGCGCUACCGGUCCAUCAUACUCGCCAGCACCCUCUACGCCCUGGUAAUUAUAGAUUCACUUUUUAUGGCUAAGCUUCUCUUAGUUUUGUUAUAAUUGUUGGUUUUAUGAUAGCUAGCCAGUCUUGCCAGCUUGUUAAGCUUCUCGUAGUUUGAGCUUAGAAUUCAUGCAU